AUGACGGAUAGUCAAGUAGCUAUCUUCUAUCGCACAUUCCAAGAUGCCAUCUAUCUUGCUCGGCAUACCGCUCUCUACUGGCCUUGUGAUGCUGCAAACGACGAAGUCUUCAACCGUUAUUUCGAGCCAGGAGACGCCGAAUUCGUCAAGAACAUAUUCCGCGCAAUAGCCAACAUUGAUUUCAACCUGGACCUCUCCGAUCCAGAGAUUGUCAAACAGCUGGCGGACGAACCUCUAACAUACAACGAAAAGUUCACUCGUUUAUCAAUUUAUUUUCUCGGAGAUCACCCAGGAUUGACACAACCAGGGAUUCCAGAGUCUGAUCUCGACUGCAAAGGCUCCUAUCCGUGGUUGGCCUACGUGGUUCCAACAUUUGGCGGCGCUUCGGCCUUGAUGUCCGUCUGCAAGCUAUUGUAUCAGCAGGAACCCAUGCUUCAAGACGUGGAGAAGGCACCAAACUGGGCAAUUGACCCAAAAAAGGAUCAGUCGAAGGGGCCGCAAUAUUAUGAUGGGUAUGGAUGCCAAAACCUUGGGAAUAUCGACACUAGAUGGAUGUACAGCACUGGUUCUGUCUUAAUGCACGAACUGCUGCAUUUCCCUGGUUUGUUCGCAGACGUCCCAGACUACGACGCGAAUAUUGCGACUCAAUUUGAUGCCAACACCCCCCACUUCAUCUCAGACUUCUAUGGAGAUUGGCCGGAAAAUGGGUAUGGCCCGUACAAUGCUGCGGAAAUCAAGAGAUACCUACCACGAGACCAUCAGUAUCUCCAAUGGAAGCCCACUUACAACGCGGACAACUACGUCUGCUAUGCACUCAGCAAGUACUACUCAAGGGUGUGUGGAAGACCAUUUGCAGAGGCACCGAGCGCCGACGCUGCUUGGCCAUCUCGGGAGCCGCCCUCGAAUCCCUUUCCUUGA